UAUUGGAAGGUAGGGCUAUGUAUAUAAGUGAUUUAGGAAUGUGUCAACCAGCAAAUAAUAAAGAGAAAUCAGAUAAAAAAGGAGUUUAUGGAGUAUUACCUUAUAUGGCACCAGAAGUUUUACGUGGAUAUCAAUAUACAAAAGCAGCUGAUAUUUAUUCAUUUGGAAUAAUUAUGAAUGAGUUUCUUUCUGAAGAAAUCCCUUUUAAUGAUAUUCCUCAUGAUCAUAUUUUAGCUGUUAAAAUAUGUAAAGGAUUUAGACCAAAAAUUUCUGAACAUAUUCCAAAAUUUCUUGUAGAUUUAAUUAUGAAAUGUUGGGAUGCUAGAGCAGAAAAUAGACCAAUUGCUAAAGAAUUGUAUCAAACAUUAAAGAAAUGGGAGGAAAUACAGUAUAAUGAUGAUAAAAUUUCUUCUCAAAUGAGUGAAUAUGAAGAUAAAAUUAGAGAAAAAAAAUCUAAAAACAGAUCAAAUGGAAAUAAUUCUGAAAGUAUUAAAACUCAUCCUCAAGCAAUUUAUACCAUAGACUUUUAAGUUUUAAAAAUCUUCCAGAACCAGUAAAUUCAUCAGAUUUAACAUCUUUCCAAGUUAAUUCAGAUGAUGUCCAAUCAGUAUCAGCAAAUCUAAUUUCAGAAUGUUUUGAUUGUAAAAUUUAGUGAAUCAGAUCUCAAUGAAAUUAAUCAAGA